CCGGCCCCGCCGCCCCGCGGGCACCCGGCCCCCGCGGGGGCGGCGGGCGGAGAAGCAAAACCGGGCUCCGGCAGGGACGCGGGGCCGGAGCCGGAGUCGCCUCCGCCAGGGCAAGGAAAUGACAGGUGGAAAUGAAUCCUGUAUUGCAGGACCGAUACCUAUGUCCUACUUAACUUGCCUGACUUACAUUCUGCAAGAAUGGACUGGCGUGGAGCAUAUUGGAGAUUAUCUGAGUUAUGCAUUCUACCUUGUAUGGGUGCUUUUUCCACUUGCAGUAGUUUUUAUACUUCCAGGAGUUAUUGUUGCCCUCUUCUACAUUUCCAUUCUUGUUCUUCAUAUUUAUAAAAGGAAGAAUGAACUAAAGGAAGCAUAUUCUCAUGAUGUUUGGAUUGGUGCAAGAGAAAUGUUGGCUACCCUGUGGGAUGGACAUGGAAGAAUAUGGCAUGGUUAUGAGCUUCACGGUAUCAAAAAUAUUCCUGAAGGACCAGGGCUUGUUGUGUUUUAUCAUGGAGCUACUCCUGUUGACUAUAUCUAUUUCAUGGCUAGACUUCACGUGACAACGAAGAGAAGCUGCCGCGUAGUAGCUGAUCAUUUCGUCUUUAGAUUACCAGGUUUUAAGAUAUUACUUGAUGUGCAUGGAGUUAUACCUGGUCCGAGAGAAGCUUGUGUCAGUACUCUGAAGGAGGGCCACCUGUUAGCUAUUGCCCCAGGAGGAGUUCGGGAAGCACUCUUUAGUGAUGAGAUGUACACUAUUUUGUGGAGUGAUCGGAAAGGCUUUGCUCAGGUGGCCAUUGAUGCAAAAGUGCCCAUCAUUCCUAUGUUUACACAAAAUGUUCGAGAAGGCUUUAGGACAUUAGGAGGAAUAAAAAUAUUUAGGUCACUAUAUGAACGUAUUAGAUUGCCAUUAGUUCCCCUGUAUGGUGGGUUUCCAGUCAAGCUACGUACAUUUAUUGGAGAACCCAUUCCAUAUGAUCCAAAUAUGACUGCUGAGGAACUAGCUGCAAAGGCAAAAGCAGCAGUCCAAGCUCUAAUAGAAAAACAUCAGAAAAUACCAGGAAAUAUAUUUAGGGCUUUAAUGGAACGAUUUCAAUCACAUAAGAAAGACGAUUAAGGUCUCCUGAACUUAAACUACUAUAAACUGCUAUUUAGGUAUAAUAUUCUUAAAGUCAUAUUUGCAAAUUAUUCAUUCUUCUAAUAAUAGGUUUUAAAUACUGUCCUAAAGAUACUGCUGUAUAAUGUAAGGUAGAAGUCACUUGCCCUUUCAUCUGUUCAAUAUCAAGCUCAGGAACCCAAACUUCAAAUCAUUCGUAAUGGAGCAAAGUUUAAUUUUUGAUAAAUGCAUUCCUACCUUAAAAGUAUGUGGGUCAUUGUUUUUUGUUGGUUUUGUUUGUUUGUUUGUUUGUUUUUCUUUUUCUUUUUUUUUUUUCCCCCAAAAUGACACUGAAAGCCUUUGUGUACAUGGUCUGUCCUUUUUUUGGUGCGUUGACAUCUCUCCCACCACCCCCUCCUCACCCGGAGGUGGAGUCUUACUGUUUAUCCUCAUUACUGUAAGUAGGGUUUUCAGGCCAGAUUAAUGCUGUACAACACGUAUGAAAACUUUCUUUAGGUUGUUACGCUCACACUGGUGGAAUACAGUUAACCUUUGGCCUGUAGAACCUCUAGCAAUGACUGCAAAACCUGUGCUGGGUGAGCUCAGAAAGAAUUUGGAGGAGUCAAAUUUGAACCCUGCAACACAGCUACUGUUUCAAGCUGUAUUGUCCCGUAUAUUUCUCAUUUGAUCUACAAAUUCUCUUUUGAAAGAUUGAGCCAAGCAUUUAAACGUCAAGAAGUGGAAAUGAGUAUACUGUUUUGUAUGAUGAGCUCACAAAGGUUUAUUUUGAAGGGAAGAAAAAGUGAUUACAACGCUCUCUAAACAUAGAAGUUCUUUUGAAAAACAGGAUAGACGUUCCCAAAUAGCCUUUAGAUCUAGUAUAUGGGUAAAGUGUUAAAAAUACAUAUUCUUCAAACAAGUUAUUUACAUAAGUUAUUAAAUCAGGGUUGAGACGGAAGUUCUGUAUACUUUUCUUAAGUGAAAACGAUUGAAUCAACAGGAAGGAGUUGCAGGAUUGGACUAUUGUGCACUUACAGCAAAUUGUAUUGCUAUAUUUUUUCUGAGCUAAAGCCUGUGCUUUUAUUUCCAAAUAGGAAAUAUCUGAAAUAUUUCUUCUGAUUUCCAGCAAGUUUAAUCUACAGUUCUUAAAUUAACAUUGGGGACCUUUUUUGGUUUUGGGAUGAGGACAGAUUCCUUAAGAAAAGACAAAAGAGGUUUUUGCUGUAUGACAUGGUCUCCUUUCAGUAUUGUUGGGCCUUGACCUUUUCUUGAAAAACCUCCAUGCACACCCUCCAUAAAAAACCCAACACCUAAAUUUUGAAGGAACAGUUGUAUUUGAUUUAGAAUCCAUUCUUCUCACCAUUUAAGCACAUGCUUUACUUUAUGCUCCUUUAAACGUUUAAAUUAGUGACAUUACAAUAAGUGCAUGUGGAUGAUGCCCUACGUUAGAAAAAUAUCACUUUCUGCAAAAGUGUCUAUCAGUUAUGGUUUACAAGAAGCAAAAAGCUUACUCAUGAUGUUAUUUUAUAUCAAAAGCAUCUUAUGUGGUGUUAAAUUGAAUUUUUUAAAGCUCUGGAAAUAAUCAUGUUAUACAGAAGCAAAUGCCCAUUCUAAAGUUUUUUAAAUGACUUGGGUUUUACUUGAAGGCAAGAUUGUGUUCUUUUUAAUUUAUUGGUAUGUGUUUAAAAAAUAUUAAUGCAAUAUGUCAUUAAAAAUGAUAAUGCCAAAUUCCUGCAUUGGAAUAUAAAUUAAGUAUGACCUUUUUUUUAACUGUCCACCUUGAAGAAAAUGUGCAUCAGUCUAUAUUGUGAACAUCUCAAAGGCAGCUGAACAUAUUUUGUGUUGAGGUUGAAUAUAUCUGUAAAAGAAAACUCAGUCUAAAAAGUUCUGUUAGAAACGAACAGACAUUUCCUAUCAGAGAUUUUGUAAAAUUUAUUUUACUAAAUAUGUGGGCUGUUUGCUGCAGUUUUGUCCCUUUAAGUAUUGAAAGA